AUGUUCAUUGAAGCCAUUGUAUUGGGCCUUACGGCUCUCAUCCUGUACUCGGUGUACUCUGUAAAGUCAUUUAACACGACCCGUCCUACUGACCCACCGGUUUACCCCGUUACGGUGCCGUUUCUGGGACACAUUGUGCAGUUUGGCAAGAACCCGCUUGAGUUUAUGCAGCGAUGCAAACGUGAUCUCAAGUCGGGUGUUUUCACCAUCAGCAUUGGGGGACAGCGCGUGACGAUCGUGGGCGAUCCCCACGAACACAGUCGUUUUUUCUCGCCUCGCAAUGAGAUUCUUUCUCCACGUGAGGUGUACACCAUUAUGACACCGGUUUUUGGGGAGGGCGUUGCCUACGCUGCGCCAUACCCAAGGAUGAGGGAGCAGCUGAACUUUCUUGCGGAGGAGUUGACCAUUGCGAAGUUUCAGAACUUUGUCCCUGCAAUCCAGCAUGAGGUCCGCAAGUUUAUGGCUGAGAAUUGGAAAGAAGAUGAGGGGGUAAUUAACCUCCUGGAGGACUGCGGUGCCAUGAUCAUCAACACGGCAUGCCAGUGUCUUUUUGGCGAGGAUCUUCGCAAGCGCCUAAAUGCCCGACAUUUUGCACAGCUUUUGUCUAAGAUGGAAAGCAGCCUGAUCCCCGCAGCUGUAUUUAUGCCAUGGUUGCUGCGUUUGCCCCUUCCCCAAUCGGCUCGUUGCCGUGAGGCCCGUGCGGAACUCCAGAAAAUUUUGGGCGAAAUUAUUGUUGCUCGUGAGAAGGAGGAGGCGAGCAAAGAUAACAACACCUCCGAUCUUUUGGGUGGACUUCUUAAGGCUGUGUACCGGGACGGCACCCGUAUGUCGCUUCAUGAGGUGUGCGGUAUGAUUGUGGCCGCUAUGUUUGCAGGCCAGCACACUUCGACGAUCACCACCAGUUGGUCCAUGCUGCAUCUGAUGCAUCCAAAGAACAAGAAGUGGUUGGACAAGUUGCACAAGGAGAUUGACGAAUUCCCUGCACAAUUAAACUAUGACAAUGUCAUGGAUGAAAUGCCAUUUGCCGAACGCUGCGUUCGUGAAUCCAUUCGCCGUGAUCCCCCACUCCUGAUGGUCAUGCGCAUGGUAAAGGCGGAGGUCAAGGUUGGUUCAUAUGUUGUUCCCAAGGGUGACAUUAUCGCCUGUUCGCCGUUACUCUCACACCACGACGAGGAGGCCUUUCCCAACCCACGUUUGUGGGAUCCGGAGCGUGAUGAAAAGGUUGAUGGUGCCUUUAUUGGCUUCGGUGCGGGUGUGCACAAAUGCAUUGGGCAGAAAUUUGCCCUUUUGCAAGUCAAAACCAUACUUGCCACCGCCUUCCGUGAAUACGACUUCCAGUUGCUGCGGGACGAGGUUCCAGAUCCUGACUACCACACGAUGGUCGUUGGCCCCACGCUCAAUCAGUGUCUUGUGAAGUACACCCGCAAGAAGAAAUUGCCCUCGUGA